AUGAUAUCAAAGAAUAAACCGAGUAUCUCCUACUGUGCUCUUGUAUAUGAUACCCCUAGGAAAAUUGUAAGUACAAGAGUUUUCUCAAGUAUUAUGAUUGACAAUUUAAUAAUAAAAGGAAGAAAAAAUAGUUGGAAUCAUGAGAAUAUUAAAGAUAAUAUUCCUUCUAUAAAAAUAACAGUUAUUAAAAUAAAUGUUAAACUUGGUAUGCCCUCAAGAUUAUAA